AUGGAGCGCAUGUUGACAUUCGACUUGGAGAAGCGGCCGAAUGCCUUGACCUUCGGUCUCCUCAUCGGGGCGCAUAGCUCCAAAGGCAACAUGGCCGGUGCAGAGCGCUGGUAUGCGUGUAUGAGGCGAAACUUGAAGGAGGUGGACCUGGUGGCGCACAACUCCGUGAUAGGGGCAGCUGCCAAAGCUGGAGAUGUGGAGAGAGCAAAGCUGUGGCUACAGCGCAUGGCGGCAGCACAGCUACAGGCAGAUGGGAGAGGCUUCAACUCGAUGCUGGAUGCAGCUGCCCGCGCUGCAGAUGCCCCCCAAGCUGCCUAUGAUCUGGAGCAGGAGGCGAACGCCCUGUGCAGCGAGUUGGGCCUGAUCCCAGAUGAGGUCACGUAUUCCAUCCUUAUGCGGGCCUGGGCGCUGCUGGGUGACUUGCCCAAUGUGGACCACUUGUGGCAGCAAAUGCAGAAUCGGGGCAUUCAGCCCCAGGCGUGCAAUCUCUGGGCAGUGCUCACGGCCUGUGCUCGAGCGCGGCCCCCACUGCCGGACACAGCUGCGCAGCGCUACGAGGCGACUGGGUUGCAGCAGGUGGCGCCACAGAUCGGCAUGUCCUCUCUGCACUCCGAGCAGCAUUGGCCACUGUCGGCCACCGGCCUCUAUCGGCGUUCGGCGGUGCCUGCCAUGGCAAAGAUGGAGCUGGUGAAGCUGCGAGUCUGCAAAGUGGGUCGCAAGGCACGGCAGCAGUUGGAGAGAUAUGCUUCUUUGCUGCUGGACUGGAAUGCAAAGAUAAAUUUGAUGUCCCGGGAGAUCCGAGACGAGCCAGAAAUUUUACAUCGGCAUGUCUUGCCGUGUGUAGCGAUUCCGCUGGCCGCGAGCUUUCAGCCGGGUGAAACAGUGCUCGAUGUGGGCACGGGUGGCGGCUUGCCAGGCCUGGUGUCGGCGAUUUGUGCGCCGCAAGCGCGGUUUGUGCUGCUUGACUCGCAGCGCAAGAAGGUCAAUGUGGUGAGUGAAAUUAGCAACACACUUGGCUUGCAGAACGUGCUGCCACUUCAUCAGAAAGUGGAACGCGUCCAGCAGCAGUAUGACUUUGUUACUGGCCGCGCUGUGACGAGUCUGCCGAAUUUUGUGCCGCUGGUUGCCAAGAACCUGCGCGGCACUUUGCGCCACGGCGACCCGUUGGAUCAAGUUGGCCCGGGCAUUCUGUACCUCAAAGGAGGGGACGUGAACGAAGAAGUGGAGCAACUUGGGCUGCGCCCAAACCUGCAGCCGCUGAGCAGAUGGGUUCCUGGAUAUGAUGGUGCUGAGGCAUUGCUCCAUUUCCCAGUCGAUUAG